AUGAAACUAAUCUAAUAAGAGUAUUACUUCAGCAGACCAAAAAUUAAUAGUCUUUACUCACCGGAUAGUAGAUUUAAAUCUAUAUCUCAUUAUUCUGAUAAAUCAUUAAUCCAAAAUAUAGAUACAUAAAUCUAAAUCAAUUAGAUCAUCCAAAACAUUCAAUAUUUGAAGGGCAAAAUCAAUUAUGAAAAAAAUUAACUCCAAUAAUUGUCCUUACUUAAUAGUGAUGCUAAUUUCUCAUUUACUUCUGUUCCUCUAAGUAAAUUAGACCCUGAAUCUUAUACGAUGAAAUAGAAGAUUGUAUAACUUAAAGAACAAGUAUUAAUGUAAAAUAUUAGUUAAAACAAUUAGAGAAUUAAGAAAAGCAAAUUCAAAUGAUGAACUAUUAAAAAAUUGAUUAAAAUGAAGAAUAUGCCUUUAAAAAUUAUACUAUGAUCGUAAUGUAGAAUAAGUCUAAAUAAUAACUCAUCUAACAUAAAACUAAACUUAUUGAUUAGAUCAAACAAUUAAAACAUGAAAUCUAUAUUGAUCAAAUGGAAAUUAAUAUUUAAGAAAAUCAAAUUUGUGUUUUAGAUAAGAAAAACAGAAUUUAUAAAACCUAAUUAUCCAAAGUUUCAGAAUAGCUCAAGUAAAUCAAACAAAAUGUCAGUGCUUAUUAAUAAUUUGAUAUGAAAAAGUCUAGGCAUAUCAAAGAUUUUAUGAGUAAAUUGGGAGCAGGUGAUUCAAAAACAGAUGACAUGGAUGAAGUACUUGAUAAUUACAAUAGAAAAAUAUCAAAUAAUUAAAAAACAAUAGAUGAGUUUCUAUUAAUAGCUUAAUAAAGAUCAUACUAUACAUUAUCAUAAAUGUAAGAUCUAGAAUAUUAAAUUAAAUAAUAAAAAGAAAUCAAAUCAUAGAUAUAUUCAUAAAUUAGUGAAUUAAAAUUAAGGAUAUCUAAAUUCUCAAAGACAAAAAGAACUUCUCUAGAAAAUAAUUACAACAAAGAUAAUAUCUAUGAUGAUGAAAAAGUUGAUUGGAUUUUAAAUAGCAAAGAUUUAGAUGAAUUCCCUCUAGUAUAAUCAAAGAAUAUGGAUGAAUUUGAAGAUGAUAAUUGA